UAAAACAUUCACUUCUGUAUACAUCACUUUCCUACUUGUAAAUGUUGCAGAAUAGCAUACUCAAUGCUGUAACUCCCGAGGCGGCCCCACUAUCCCCAUCCCAACAUAAACAAGGCCUCACCUAACCAGUUUGCGGCAGGGCUUUCGAAUUUUACCUAUUUUCUCAGUCGCAUAGAUAAUCUCCAUCCCCAUUCUUCAAUCGAGCCCCGUUACAGCCGAAAAAAUGCCAUCUUCUGCUUCAUCAAGCCGCCAGAACCACGCGGAACAGUUGAUUGCCCGCUUGAACUCCGUAGAAACUCCCCCCGAGUCCAAACUCCAGGACUUGCGGAAUAUGAAGAAUCAAAUAAUCGGAAGCCGUACAAAAAAGCUCGAUUAUUUGAGCCUCGGAGCCGUGCCCUGCAUCGUAUCAAUUUUAUCCAUCGUUGUAGCUUCCAUGCACAGCGGAGGUGGCGGUGACGAGCUACUUGAGCUCAUCGCGAUUCAAGCUGCAGCAAUAAUCGGGAGCUUUGCAUGCAGGUUGGAAUCCGGUGUUGAGGCCGUUUUGGAAGCCGGAGCUUGUGCUUUUUUGAUGAUUCUCAUUACUCAUCAAAACGAGAAGGUUGUGGAUGCUGUUGCUCGUUCUCUAAAAUGGAUUUAUCAAUCAAAAUUGGCUCCGAAGUUCUAUUUUCUGGAAGAAAAAAACAUGGAAUUCCUUCUUUCACUGCUCAACAGCAAGAAUGAGAAUGUUAGUUGUCUAGGUGCAAAUAUUAUCACGCGUUCAUGCCAGACUAGGAUGGAGCAGCAGGCAUUGAGUGGUGCUGGUGUUAUCACGAAGCUUGCAAGUCUUCUUGAUGGUUCUCUGAGUCAGAGAGAGGCUAGUUUAGAAUCUCUGUCUGUUGUCAUGAAGAAAAACCCAGAAAUUAUUACAAAAUUUCUGGGAUAUCAAAAUGGAGGAGCAGUGAAUUUUUUGACUGAACUGAUCAAGGAUAAGCAUCCUCGGACAAGAUUGCUAGCCUGCGCUUGUUUGAUUGUCAUCAGAAAUUCUUGUACAACAUAUCUUCAAGAUUCACGAAUUAAAACUGGAUUGGUGCAAACAUUACUUGAGCUUCUUGAAGAUCCUGAUCAAGUUGGAGAUGAUGCUCCCUUUGUGCUAUCUAGUUUAAUUGCAGAGAAGGAGGAUCUGCAGAUGAUAGCAUUUGAAUGUCAGGUUAUCGAAAAAUUAUGCAACUAUUUAGAAGCAGGACCAUUUCAAGCCAAGCGACUGCAAGGAAUAUUUUUAGCAUUGGCUGAUAUGUGCUCAGAGUUGGAAUGCUGCAGGGAUAGGGCCUUUUCUUUAGAGGCAUUGAUUUAUAUAAAAGAUGCACUAAAACAUGAUAGUGCUGACGUACGUACUGCAGCUUGCAUUUUCUUGAGGAACCUUUCUCGCUCUGUCAAGAAUAUGAGUGCAGGUCAUUUUACAAAUGCAAAUAUCACGAGUCCCAUGGUUCAGCUUUUAUGUGACUCCUGUCCUUCUGUCCAGAUUGCUGCUCUGGGUGCUAUCUGCAACAUGGUAAUUGAUUUUACAGCACGUGAAUCAAUAUUCAUGCAGGGAGGCCUAAAACAGUUGGUUCAGCUGUCAAAAUCAAUGGUUUCAGCUAUUAGGGUGAAUGCCAUAUGGGCCUUAAGGAAUCUGGCGUUCCUUGUAAACAACAGAUGCAAAGAAGAAAUUCUCUUGGAACUAACAAUACCAACGUUAACAAGCCUCAUCUGUGAUCCUGAGACUUCUGUUCAAGAGCAAGCUUUGGCUCUUGUUCGUAAUCUUGUUGAUGGUCCUUCAGACUCUGUGAAGUAUGUUUUUGAUGAGGCUGGUCUUCUCCUGGAUGCUAUUGGAAAAAAAUUGCACAGCACUGUAAAAAUUGAAGUCCUCAUUCAAGGUAUGUAUGUCCUAAGCAACAUUGCUUCUGGGAAUGAGAUCCAGAAGGAAGCGGCCAUGAACCAACUUUUCCCACAGUGCUGGAAUAACACACAAACAUCUUUUAUCAAGUUUUUGCAGAGUACCGACAGCCGAUUACGGAUUGCUGCUGUUUGGGCUCUUGUAAAUCUUACAUUUCCAAACAGUCCAGGUGCAUGUCGUCGGGUUAUUAAACUACUGAAUGCUGGCAUAAUCUCUCAGCUAAAGACUAUGGUCAAUGAUCCUUGUUUGGAUGUAAAGACAAAAAAUGAUAAGAGGGAGAUGUGCUUAAACUUGUCAACUCAGACAACAACAAAAUAGUUACUGUUUCAAGUUCAACAACCUAUGCUCAGAUCUCUUCGAGCAAGGGUGGUUCUUGCACAAUCAAUGGUGUUUAGUGAUGCUUAAACAUGAUAUUCUACUAUCACAUGCUAAAUUCAACAUCUAACAACUGAGAUUCGAAUGCAAGGUGGUGCCUGGGCUUUACCAUAUUAAGUAAGAUGCAUAUGCUUCCAUCAGGGCCUAUGACCACAUGGUGUGAUAUAUUGAUUCCCAAUUUUUUCCUUCGUUCCAUCAUUGGUCUUUACAUAAACCUUUCAGACGAUGCUCCCCAUAAUUUUGGAUUCAAUUUUUUUGUAUUAGUGAUGAGCUUCGAUGCAGACUUUUAACUUUCAAAUGUACCUAUUCUUUUCCUUGGCCUGCUCCAAUGGCCGUAGAGCUCGGGUUUUGGGUCGUUUUAUACGCAGAUUUAUUGUCACUUAUUAUCACCGCAUCACAGACAGGCUUGCAUAUAUAUGAAAGUUGUGUAGCAGUGCUAAGUUUGAUAGAGAAGAUGUGCAAUGGCUUGCAACAUGUUCGCGGAGUCUAAACGUCUUAGUAAAUGUUUGGAUAUA